AGUGGGCAUCGUAAGAUGUACGAUUUGAGCGACCGGAAUCUGACUCUUUUGCCGGAAAGUCUGUUUUGCUCCGAUUCUGACGAUAUUCAACAGCUCAAUCUCAGGAGAAAUUCGCUAUCGGCAAAAAAUCCAGCUAAUCCUUCGGCUGUGCAGGUAGGAUGGCUGGAUGAUCUGACGCGGUUCGCAUCUCUCACUUCCCUCGACUUGUCCUCAAAUCGAUUGUCUACCUUCCCCGUUUCAAUUACGCAGCUGCUGAAUCUACAGAAAUUAAAUCUGGCAUCGAACUGCAUCCAAACGAUUCCAUCGAAUGUGAAACUUCUAAAGCGGUGA